CAGCACGAGUGCGUGGAGGCGGCGCCGGCCUGGCGCUGCGCCCCCGCGGCGCCGGACUCCGCGUGCGCGUCGUCGCCGUGCCACAACGGCACGUGCCUGGCGCUGGACUCCGGCCUGUUCCGCUGCCAGUGCCCGCCCGGCAACAACGGGCGUUUUUGUGAAUUGGAUAUAGACGAAUGUGCAAUAAUGCCGAAAAUAUGUAACCACGGAGUAUGCGUUAACGUCCCUGGAUCGUACGAGUGCUAUUGCAGACCCGGCUAUACGGGCGACAGUUGCGAGCAAGACAUCGAUGAGUGCCUGUCGUCGCCGUGCAAGAAUGGCGGCUCCUGCCAGAACCUCGAGAAUAAUUACGAGUGUACCUGCAUGGAAGGCUUCGAAGGCAAGGAUUGCUCCAUCAACAUUAAUGAGUGUGAGAAGAACCCGUGCGCCGCGGGGUCCACAUGCGUGGACGGCGUGGCGAGCUACUCGUGUCUGUGCCAGGACGGACUCACCGGGCCCAACUGCGAGAUAGACAUCGACGACUGCGAGUCGGGCCCGUGCCAGCACGGAGGCAGCUGCGUGGACGGACUCAACAGCUACACGUGCGAGUGCGGCGGCACCGGGUACGCCGGGGACGACUGCGCCGUCAACAUCGACGAGUGCGCGCCGCAGCCCUGCCGCAACGGGGGCACCUGCCUCGACGACGUCAACGACUACCACUGCAACUGCCACCCCGCCUACACCGGCAAGAACUGCGAGGUGGACAUCGACGAGUGCGAGAGCGAGCCGUGCAAGUACGGCGGCGUGUGCCUGCAGCGCUCCAACGCGUCCCUGUACGUGGCGCCGGGGGCCCCGCGCCUGCAGGUGGGCCCGCAGCCGCAGAUGUUGCUGCCGCCCGUCUUCUACCAGCCCUUCUCGCUGGACGCCGCCCACGGGUUCGAGUGCGUGUGCGUGCUGGGCACGACGGGCUCGCGCUGCGAGGUCAACAUCGACGAGUGCGCGUCCUCGCCCUGCGAGAACGGCAAGUGCAUCGACGGCAUCGGCGGCUACACCUGCGACUGCUUCGCCGGGUACGAGGGGGAACACUGCGAGCUCGAGAUCGACGAGUGCCAGAGGUACACGCCGUGCGUUCAAGGUAAAUGCUUCGACGGGCGCGCUUCGUACUAUUGCCUGUGCUCGAAGGGCUGGGGCGGACAGAACUGCUCCGUGGUGCUGGAGGGGUGCCGCGACCAGCCCUGCCGAAACAACGGCACCUGCCAUCCCUGGCUGCACGACGAGACCGAGCAUCGCUUCAACUGCAGCUGCAACCACGGCCACUACGGCACCACCUGCGAGAAGAUCACGACCAUGUCACUGGAGAAGAGCAGCUACGCGGAGGUGAACACGACGCGCGAGGAGGGCUACGACAUCUCGUUCCGGUUCAAGACCACGCUGGCCAACGGCCUGCUGGCCAUGGGCCGCGGCCUCACGUACUUCUUCCUGGAACUGUCCAACGGCAGGCUCAACCUGCACUCCAGCCUGCUCAACAAGUGGGAGGGAGUCUUCAUCGGCUCCAACCUCAACGACAGUCAGUGGCAAAAGGUGUUCGUGACCAUAAACACGACGCACCUGGUGCUGGCGGCCAACGAGGAGCAGACCAUCUACCCCAUCAACCAGAACGAAGCGUUCAACUCGUCGGUGACGUCGUUCCCGUCGACGCGGCUGGGCACGUACGGGUCGUCGUACGCCACGCUGACGCACGGGCCCAACUUCUUCGUGGGCUGCUUCCAGGACGUCGUCGUCAACGGCCAGUGGCUGCUGCCCGAGGACGCGGAGCCGGGCGAGGCGGGCCCGGGCGAGGCGGGCCCGGGCGAGGCGGGCCCGGGCGAGCCCACGGGCCACAUCUUCUACCUGGGCUCGCUGGCGCGCCUGGGCCACGCCGACGAGACGCAGGUGGGCGCCUCGCUGGACGGCGGCGAGCUGCUGGUCCACCUGCGCUUCAACCAGACGCCCGAGAACUACACCGUCGGCGGCACGCGCCUCGACAACGGAUACCUGCACCUCAUCGAGGUUGUACGGAACUCCACGCUGGUGCAGGUGAAGCUCAACGGUACCGAAUACUUCCGCAAGUCCAUCUCCGCCGCCAAGCAGAUCGAUGCACAGCAAAAUGAGUGCAAAUAA